AGUUAGGUUAAGAUUAUUUUAAUGUUAAAAAAAUUAUUGACUGCUGAACCUUAAUGUUUUUAUUAGACCCGUUGCAAUUACAUUAGUUACUGUUUGACUUCAUAAGUAAACAUGUGUUGUGGAGUUGUUUACCUGACCUUAUCCUACGGUUUAUCAUUAAUGACGAACGUAACAUCUGCUUAUAAACGUCUGUAUCACAAGUGCUUUCAAGGAACACGGUUUUUUUCUCCGAAAUAACAAGAUUACCUAAAUCAAGAUGAUAAUGCCAAGUAUAUUAUUCCCCAUUGAAAUAUUACUCAACAUAUUGAUAAAUGAGCAUUUGCAGGAAUCUUUUUGCUUAACUUUUGCUACUGAAACAAAAUUAACCGUUAACAUUCCCACAAACAUGAGCUCUAUGAUAAUACAGCCCAAUAAUUCAGUACUUGUUGAGCAAAUUUUGGAUGCGUCGGAAAAAGGUUGCUCUGACUACAUAAUUCAAAUGCACGAACCUGAAAACUUCAUGAUGGCUUUUGAGAAAGUUAAUCAUUUAGGAGACAUAAGAAGAAGCGACAAGAAACUUAUAUUUUUACCCCUUCAAAAUGAAAUGUUAAACAAAAGUGAUCUUACUAAUAUUUUGACGCUAACUGAGACCGGUUUUGUUGCUAAUAUAUUGUUGAUAGUACCUUCUUUACAAAGCUUAGGCGAUUGUAAGUUAUAUGACAUGAUAACUCAUACGUUUGUUGGCUCCGAUGAAGAAGUACAAAAGCCUUUGUAUUUGGAUCGUUGGGAUUCUUGUACUGGCCAAUUCGAGAGAGGAGUGAAUUUGUUUCCUCACGACAUGGCGAACUUAUACGGCAAGACGGUCAAAGUUGCCGCGUUUACGUAUAAACCAUACGUUUUAUUAGACCUAGAUCCAUCUUUAAACCCUCUGGGCCGCGAUGGCAUGGAAAUGAGAAUUAUCGAUGAGUUCUGCAGGUGGGUGAAUUGCACCGUGAAAAUAGUAAGAGACGACGAGCACGAGUGGGGCGAGAUUUAUGAGAAUAAUACGGGCGUCGGCGUCCUGGGCAAUGUGGUUGAAGAUCGUGCCGACAUAGGCAUCACGGCGCUGUAUUCCUGGUACGAAGAAUACAGAGUGUUGGAUUUUUCUGCUCCAAUUAUUAGAACUGCUAUCACUUGCGUCGCACCCGCACCUAGGAUUUUGACAAGUUGGGAUCUACCCUUGGUGCCAUUCACGUGGACGAUGUGGAUAUGCCUACUGUUUACCUUCUUCUACGCUUCGUGUGCUCUCUCCGUAGCCCAGCGCUCUACCAAAAAUGUUUUCUUAGACACUUUUGGGAUGAUGAUCACUCAAACUCGUGAGGACGCGACUUCAUGGCGCAUACGCAGCAUCACCGGCUGGAUGCUAGUGACAGGCCUAGUCAUAGACAACGCCUACAGCGGCGGCCUGGCGUCCAGCUUCACGGUCCCUAAGUACGAGGCCUCCAUAGACACAGUGGAGGACUUGGUGGACAGGAAAAUGGAGUGGGGCGCGACGCACGAUGCUUGGAUAUUUUCUAUUAUUCUUUCAGAGGAGCCUCUGAUCAAGAGUUUGCUCAGUCAAUUUAAAACUUAUCCAGCCGACAUUUUAAAGCAGAAGAGCUUCUCCAGAAGUAUGGCGUUUAGUAUUGAACACCUGCCAGCAGGAUACUUCGCGAUCGGUGAAUACAUAACCAAAGAAGCGGCGAUGGACCUCGAAAUAAUGCUGGACAAAGUCUAUUACGAACAAUGCGUUGUGAUGUUGAGGAAGAGUUCUCCGUAUACUGCUAAACUCAGCGAGUUAGUUGGUCGCCUUCACCAGUCUGGGCUAAUGCUGUCUUGGGAGACGCAGGUGGCUUUGAAAUAUCUAGAUUUCAAAGUACAAUUGGAAGUAAGGUUGUCUAGAGCAAGAAAAGAUUUGGAAGAAAUUGAGCCGUUAAGCAUAAAACAGCUUUUGGGCAUCUACAUUUUUUACUUCGGAGGAGUAGUCAUAGCACUUCUUGUUUUCUUCGGGGAAUUACUCUCUAAAUGCAGCAAACCUUCAAUAGUGUUAUAAUAAAACCUAUAUA